GCUUUUUAACAUUUGUGUAUAUCAAGACAGCAAACCGAAAUCCACGUCCAAAUUUGCCCACUUAAUUUCCGCAAAAUGCAGCCAGUUAUCCAGAGUUGGCGUAAAUCAGAAGCCAUCUCAUCCGACGAAAGUACGGACAAAAAUCAGCAGGACAAGAUCCUUAACAAACUGGCCACUAAAAUGCCAAAAGCACCUGAAAGAACAUUAUCGUGUGUCACAUCAGUGGACGUUGAUCCAAUCCAAGACAGAAUAGACAAUUUACUUGAUGUGAGCAGAACCCUGUGGGAAAAAAGGAGAGACUUUAAUGAAAAAAUGACCGCUAGCUCUGAGCGCCGAGAACAAUUGAAAAAGGACGUCAGCUACUUGCAAGAACGAAAACUCAAAUGUCAGUCGAUUAUUCGGGAGAAUGAUGCAAAACGCUGGCGUGCUCUACAAAAGUUUUGCACGGACAAUCACUUAUGUGUGAUACGUAAGAAAGAGAAACAAGCUCUAAACGCUGAACUGCGUAAAGCAAGACAAAACUACGCGCUGUUGAGUGCCAAGGCUGCAGAUCUCAGAAAAUAUGAAGAGUACAUGUUGAAUGUGAUCGCAUCGUUACCUAAAGACUACAUCAAACUGGCGGAUGAUGUGAUUGCCGGGCUAAUGAUGCGUUACAACACACUUUAUGAGACGAACAACAGUCUGCGGAAGGAAAUGGAAACCAAAGCGGAAGAGGUCCGAGUCGCUCAGGCCGACCUCAAACAGCUAGUCGAAGCACACCGAAUCCUUCUGUUUGGGAAAAACUCGGAGUUGUCCGAAUUAUAUACGCAUCGACAAAAAAUGAACGACCUCUAUCAGGGUGCGCAACAGUCGAUGAUUCAUAGUCACGAGGAGUUGGCACAUCAGCUGUCCCAUUUUAAAACUGUUUUACGAUCGAUAAACAACUUGACCGGGAAGAUCAUACGUGCCUAUGAACCUGGAAUUAGCGUACAACUUCUAACGACAAAGAUUCAGAAUAUGCCGGACCGAACACUUGGCAUGCGCAGUAUUAUUGCUCAGCUGGCAAGUGACACUGGUACCCUUCCAAUUUCAACAUGCAGCCGACCUGAGUUGGAUUAUGUUCAACAUGGUGCACCCAUCGCUGUUUCCGCGAGUGAAUUCAGCUUGUUGACGAAGAUGGCGAGCACUCAGACGGAUCCGAACGCAUAACACGAAGCGGACUGAGGUCUACGUACUUCUACUUACGAACCAUACUGCAUCAAUCAAUGUACGUAAUCCACGUACUGUAACAAUGUUCAUUUCCAAAAAAAG